AUGGAUGUCGCCGCCCUCGACCGCGCGCUCGACGAUGUCUCCACGUCCCUCGAAGCCUUCGCCGAGCACGGCGCGAGGCGCGCGCGCGACGUCGCGGUGUCACUCUGCGCCGAAGCCGCGCGCGGAGGGGUGGAGGACGCGAUCGCGGGCGCGCAGAAGGUGGUUGACGCGCUGGAGCGACGAAGGGCGGAGAGCGCGGCGCGCGCCGAGCUUCGGCGAGCGAGCGCGGAGGGCGCGGCGCGCACACUGCGGGAGACGGUGAAGAAACACGCGGUAGAACGCGAAAGUGUGUGCGAGGACAUGGCGAGGGCGUCGUUAAUGACGGAACGCGUGUUGGAACGGUUGGAGUCGCCGGCGAACGCGGAAGCUGCGAGCGCGAGUCGACGCGCCGACGCGUUGGGGACGUUGGCUGAUGUUUUGGAGUGCGUGUGUGCGUUUUCUAAGGGUGGCGAAGCGGUCGCGAAGGCGUGCGAUGGACUGUUUGCGGACGCGGCGCGACGAGGCGAAGCGGGACGCUUGGCGAAAAGAUCACUCUCCGUCGUCGAACGCGCGCAGUCGUGUCGCAUCGCGGACGAGGACGCGGGCGCGGAGCGAUUAGCGCUCAAGGACGCCUCGACGGCGUUGCAAAGGUACUGUGAAGACGUUGAAAACGCACUUUUGGACAAAUUUGCCGCGGCGUGCGCGAAUAAGUCGUACGCAGCAGCGCGAGCCGACGCUGAGGCGUUAUUUGAGUUCAACGGCGGACACAGCGUCGUCUCGCGGUACGUCGCGAGCCGUGAAAUGUUCAUCUCUGCGAACGCGAUGGAAGAGAUUCAACGCCUUCGUAACGUCGUCGAGCGAUCGGUGAUUCUCGGCGAGGAUGAAUCUUUGUGCACCGAGUGCGUUCGCACAUUUUUUGCGCAAAUUCAAAGCGCGGUGAAAAGGGAAUUUCAAUCGAUUACCGCCGCGUUCGAUUCGCGCGCUAUCGUCGUUCUUAACACUCUCGUGCAUCGGAUCGCGGAGCAGCGAAUCGGGGCGUACGUUGAGACUUUUCUCACCACCGAAUUGCGCACCGCAGCGUCGCUUCGGCAGCGCCUGGCACUCACGGCGCUGUCGUUGCGCGAGAUUGAGAUUUUGAAUCGCGCGAUACGUGAAAUGACGAACGACGACGCAGACGUUGAGGCGAUCGAUCCGGACGUGUUUUUUGGCAUCGGGUGUGAGACGCUCGUGGACGAUGAGUGCGCUUGUUUGGACUCGGUGCCCAGCGAUGACGACGUCUUGCCGCAGCGCGACGCGACUGAGUUCUCUCUGGAUGAUUUAUGUGCUCGUUACAAAGAAGCGCUUCUUCGAGUCGAAUCGUGCGUGCCUGGGACUUCGAUUGAAAGCGUGCGAGCACGGCUCGCCGAGGCAUUCCUGGGCCGCGUCACCCGUCUCGCGCAGAGGCAUCUUCGCGAAUCGAUUGCGGCGACAAAGUCGGCGAGCGCGCGUCUCAACGCCUGGACGACGCGUGAAGAAGCACGCGCCGAUGUGUUCGAGCCCGUGUUGCUCGCUUCCAGGAACAUGAACGCGUGGCUCGCACGUGCGCGCGAUGCGAUCGAUACGAUGAACUCGGAGCUCUCUCCUGGCACAGUGCGGCAAAUGUUUGCCGUCGCGCAAAGCCGACUCGCCGAGGAAAUGUCGGAGGUCUUAGAGGCCAUGACGACGCGCGGCAUGACGCUAGUGGACGCUAAAUUCCGUGGUACGCAGCGAGCGGUAGACUUCAAUGACGAAUCAUCGUUUGCCGAGCGUGAGACAGAGGCGUGCGUAGCCGUGGUUGAUGCUCUCGACGGUUUGGCGAAGACGACGCUCGAAUGCUUGGAUUCGGCAAACGCGGCGACGCUCUUGAAUGAAAUCGGCGCUCAAUUUUAUUCCUUGCUCUUCAGACACGUGUGCAGAUAUACGUAUACCAUAGUUGGCGCUAUGCAACUCAAGCUCGACGUCAACGCGUACGUUUCAUGGGUACGAAAGACGAUGACAGCUCGCGAGAGCAUCGAGCGAUUCGAAGCUCUGUCGACUCGCCUGAAUUUGCUCGUCGUACCGGAAGAUGCGCUUGAUGAUUUCGUGUAUGAACUCGAAGCUCACGCUCACGAGAAUAUCGCGGAAAUUAGAAUGCUACUCAGGCUUAGAAAGACAACCUAG